AUGACUGUGAGACAACCACCUCUUACCAAAAUGAGACACAAGUGGAAGUACUAUCCUACGUACCUGCAAGCUGGCCAGACAAGAUACGACAAUAUCUCGCAGCCGCUUUCCAGAGCUGCAAUGGUAGCUGAAUUGCAAAGGGGCACUGGUGGCAGCGAAGCAUCUACCAAGAACGGAACCAGCGGUAUCAAGGGGAUGUUCGUCAAGAAGGGUAGUGCCUUUGGAUCAUUGAGUCUGCUUCCUAAGAUCUUUCCCAAGCCCAAGAGAAACGUAUUGUUCCCACUGUGGUACUAUGGAGAAGGCUCCUCCAAUGCUGCUAAGAACACUAAUAACAGCAAUAUUGGCUCUACUUCUGGGGGCUACUACGGCUACCGUCUUCGUCUUCCCACCUCGCAUCUCCCUAUGAUAAUGUCGACGCGCCAUUUCUCCACAGCGAAGAACGGAUUCCGUAACAAAACAUCUAACUUCCAUAAGAGAUUCUUCCUGUCUGAAGCUAGAAAGAAGAGACAACAGCGUAGAAGAUUCAUCAGAUGGUGGACUAUCACCUCAUUGACCAUUGUCCUUGGAGGUGUAGCCUCUAAGAUGAGGUACGAAAAGGGCGAGGCCAACGAAUAUGACAUCAAGCCACAAUCAUGGCUGUUGUAUGCCUAUUCUAUUUUACCCUUGAAGGCUAUUUCCAGGCUCUGGGGUCAAGUAAACUCCAUAAACCUCCCUGUUUGGCUCAGAUCUCCUUCAUACAGACUUUAUUCCACUAUUUUCGGAGUCAAUUUGGAGGAAAUGGAUGAACCUGAUCUCUCGACUUACCCUAACUUGGGUGAGUUUUUCUAUAGACAAUUGAGGCCAGGUGUGAGACCAUUGGCAGAUGGUGACUUGGUAUCACCUGCUGACGGCAAGAUCUUGAAGUUCGGUACCAUUGAAAACGGUGAGAUCGAACAAGUCAAGGGUAUGACAUAUUCCAUAGAUGCCCUCUUGGGAUUGAAUACUACAAAGAAGAAGUUGGCGGCUCCAAUUCACUCUUUAAACUUUGAGUCAGACUCAGAUGAUGACCUGAGCUUAAAAAGAGAUGAGGAGUUUGCCAAGAUCAAUGGGAUUACUUACACUGUCGAUGAUUUAGUCGGUGGAAAUGAGGAAGACGAACGCAUCAAGUACCAUAUACACGAUUUAGAGUAUAAAGAUCACGGAGACGGUACCGCCAAAGGUUCCGAGUCUACCGUUGCCAAAGAAUUGUCGGUUGCUAAGAAGGUGAUGCCAUCAUCUUCUGACUUGUUAACCAACAAGAACAAAAAUCAUAAACUUUUCUUUGCAGUUAUUUACUUGGCUCCAGGUGACUACCAUAGGUACCAUUCACCAACCAACUGGGUUACUACUUUAAGACGUCAUUUCAUUGGGGAGUUGUUCUCGGUAGCGCCAUUUUUCCAAAAGACAUUGCAAGGUUUGUUUGUCUUGAAUGAAAGAGUUGCACUUUUAGGAUAUUGGAAAUAUGGGUUCUUUUCCAUGAUCCCCGUCGGGGCCACCAAUGUUGGUAGUAUUGUGGUUAAUUUUGACAAGGAUUUGAAAACCAACGAUAUCUACGAGCAUGAGGUUUACAGUAGCAGUCCUAGUGUAUCCAGUAGCAGCAGUGUCAGCGUCAACGAAGAAACGACUCCCUUGUUGUCACCAGCUAUGACCUCAGUAGAUUCGUUAAGCUCUUCCAUGAAAAAGAAGUUGAAGAAGAAUACUGUGUACGAAGCCACAUACACUAAUGCAAGUAGGCUAUUGGGAGGAUAUCCAUUGUCUAAGGGACAAGAAGUUGGAGGAUUUAAGCUUGGGCUGACUGUGGUUUUGAUCUUCGAAGCACCUGAGAACUUCAAGUUCAAUUUGGAGAACGGCCAGAAAGUUAAAGUCGGAGAGAGCUUAGGGGAGUUUGAAAAUUAG